AUGUAACAUUCACUUUGACCGGAGAGCAUCAUCAGAAUCAUCAGCAGCAUCAGCAGAUGCAUCAUCAUCAUGAUGUUUAAUGGGGUUACCUCCAGGAUGAUGCUUCCUUUGAGCAAUCAUGUGGAAGGAACACCUGAGACAAAGUUCAUGACAGAAUCUCCAGCUCCCAGCUGCGUGUCCAUGAAGAGUGACAACUCCAUAGAGCAGCCUCCAAGCCUGGAUAAAGAUGGCGCCGUCCCUGAGAGCAGAUCCACUUCUGAAAAUGCCAGACCUCCAGCACCCAGCUGCGUGUCCAUGAAGAGUGGUAGGUCCAUAGAGAAGCCUCCAAGCCUGAAUAUGAAACACCCCGUCCCUCAAAGCGGAUUUAAUUCAUCUCCCCAAACUGCCCACUCUAUUGAGCGGCCUCUAAGCCUGAGUGGGGAAGAUCUAGAUCCUGAAGGCGGACAAAAACUUCGAGCAGAAGCUCUGCAGGAACCCACACUGAUGCAGAUAACCACAGACUUCCUGCUACAUUCUUCCCAACCGGUGAACGACCUUUUAUGCAGAGUCGUAAAGGUCCACAAAACCAGCAUGUGCAACAGGAACCAGAGUUUAUUCGAAGGAAUCAAAAUGCCCAGAAAUAAAACCCCUCUGAACUCUAUAUACACGCAGCUCUACAUCAUAGAAGGAGAGAGCGAAGGAGUAAAUAAUGAACACGAAGUUUUACAGAUAGAGAAAAGGCCCAGAAAACAGCACUUCCAUGACACGUCAAUCAACUGCUUAGACAUAUUUAACCACAUUCAGGACCUCAGCGGAGGAAAUGUUACAGAUAGAAGUGGAGCAGGAAUACAGAAGCUCAGAACUGUGUUAACUAAAGGAAUUGCUGGAAUCGGGAAAACCGUGUCAGUUCAGAAAUUCAUCCUGGACUGGGCAGAAGAAAAAGCAAACCCAGACAUCGAUUUCAUGUUUGUGCUUCCUUUCCGAGAGUUGAAUUUGAUUAAAGACGAAUGCUACAGUCUUCACAAACUCUUGUGCGACUUCCAUCCCGAGCUAAAAGUCUUGGACACGCAUCUGUACGAGGAGUGUAAAAUCGUCUUCAUAUUCGACGGCCUGGACGAAAGCAGGCUCCCGCUGGACUUCUUCAACGAUACGAAAGUAUCUGAUGUCACAAUGACAUCAUCAGUGAGCACCCUGAUAUCAAACCUCAUUAAAGGUGACCUGCUUCCCUCUGCUCUCAUCUGGAUUACCUCCAGACCUGCGGCGGUCAGUCAGAUCCCUCGAACGUACAUCGAUCGCGUGACGGAAAUACAGGGGUUUAGUGACACACAAAGGGAGGAGUAUUUCAGGAAGAAAAUCGCCGAGCCCAAAAACGCAGAGAAUAUAAUUUCACACAUUAAAAAGACCAGGAGUCUUUAUAUCAUGUGCCACAUCCCAGUGUUUUGUUGGAUAUUAGCCACAGUGCUACAGCAAAUUAUGAAAGAAAAUAAUCACACAGAGGUUCCUAAAACUCUCUCUGAGAUAUACGUGCACUUCCUGCUCAUUCAGAUGAACAUAAAGAACGAAAAGUAUGAAGAAAAGGAUGAAAGAGAUCCAAAGAAACUUCUGGAAACAAACAGAGCCAUAAUUUUAAAACUAGCACACCUGGCUUUUGAACAGCUGAUGAAGGGCAAUGUGAUGUUUUAUGAAGAAGACCUGACGGAGUGUGGGAUCGAUCUUACCGAGGCCUUGAUAUACUCUGGGAUUUGCACUGAGAUCUUCAAAGAGGAAUCUGUGCUGUUCCAGAAGAAGGUUUUCUGCUUCGUGCAUCUGAGCUUUCAGGAGUUUUUCGCUGCUCUCUACGUGUUUUACUGCUAUCUGUCCAAGAGCAUGAAGCCAUUGCAUCAUUUCAUGGCGCAAAACCAAGAAAGAUCUGUUGACGUUUCUUUGGACGACUUGUUGAAGGUAGCAGUCGAUAAAGCCUUACACACUGACAACGGACAUUUAGACCUUUUCCUCCGAUUCCUGCUUGGCAUCUCGCUGGAGAGCAAUCAGAGACUUCUACAAGGCCUUCUGACCCACACUCACAGCAGCUCGGAGAACAUCCAGAGUAUAGCCAAUUACAUCAAAAGGCAGAUUCAAACCGAGGACCUUCCGAGUGACAGAUCAAUCAACUUGUUCCUGUGUCUCACUGAAAUGAAAGAUCAGUCUCUCUCGGAAGAGAUUCAGGAGUUUCUAAAGACACAGAAGUGGUCAGAGAAGAAGCUCUCGGCCGCACACUGCACGGCAAUCGCGUACAUGUUACAGGUCUCAGACCACGUCCUGGAGGAGCUGGAUAUGAAGAAAUACAACGUGUCAGAGGAGGGAUGUAGGAGGCUGAUUUCAGCUGUGAGCAACUGCAGAAAGGCUCGACUAGCAGGCUGUUAUCUCACCUUGAGUUCCUGUGAAACCUUCACUUCAGCUCUGCAGUUAGAAAAGUCCCCCCUGAGAGAACUGGACCUCAGUAACAACGACCUGCAGGACUCGGGAGUGAAGCUGCUCGCUGAUGGACUGAAGAGUUCACACUGUAAACUGGAGAUACUGCGACUAGCUAUUUGUAAUCUUGGAGAAAAGGCUUGUGAAUAUCUGGCAUCAGCUGUCAUGCAGCCACACUCAGCUCUGAGAGAACUGGACCUCAGUAACAAUGACCUGCAGGACUCAGGAGUGAAGAUGCUCGCUGACGGACUGAAGAGCUCUCACUGUAAACUGGAGAUACUGCGACUGUCUGGAUGUUUAAUCACGAGUGAAGGCUGCGAUUCUCUGGCUUCAGCCCUGAGUUCGAACCUGUUACUGCUGAGAGAGCUGGACCUGAGCUACAACCAUCCAGGAGACUCGGGAGUGAAGAUGCUGUCUGCAAGACUGAAAGAUCCAGACUGCAGCCUCAGGUUGGACCAUGCAGGUGAGAUUAGGCUCACAGCCGGUCUAAGAAAAUAUGCCUGUGAGCUCACGCUGGACCCAAACACGGCACACACUCGCCUCGCUCUAUCUGAGGGAAACAGAAAGGUUACCCAUGUUAAAGACAACCAGCCGUACCCCGACCAUCCCGAGCGGUUUGAAGACUUUAAGCAGGUGAUGUGUCAACCGAGUCUGCGUGGACGCUGUUACUGGGAGGCGCAGUGGUCUGGCGGGGAAGCUGUGAUCUCCAUGAGUUAUAAAGGAAUAUGCCGGAAAGGACGCAGCGGCAACUGCAUUUUCGGAACCACCAAGAAAUCCUGGAAGCUGGACUGCUCGAGCAACAGCUACACCGCCUGGCACAACAAGAAGAGGACGGACAUCCCGACACCGACGUACUGCUCUAACAGGGUAGGAGUGUAUCUGGACUCACUGGAGGGUUCUCUGUCUUUCUACAGCAUCUGUCCUGACACACACAUACUCACACACCUACACACUUACCACGCCACAUUCUCAGAGCCGCUUUAUGCAGGGUUUUGGGUUGAUUGUGACUCGUCUGUGAGUUUGGGUUGAGAUCAUGUUGAUCUGCCCUGCGAAGAUUUAUUCUGUAUCGCACUUUUACAUAGCUCCAUUCUGAUUGGUCAAAUGGAGUUCGGUUCCAGUUACAUGCUUACGUUAAUGCAUUUGUUAUAAUACAUUAUAUUUUAUAAAAGUUAAAGGGAUUUGUUCUUGAUCCUCGGUAUCAUUUAUUGUACAAAGUCUUUUGCACAUUGUGUCAUUUCGAUGGAAAGAGAUUCCAGUGUCAUACCUGCAGCUCAUUUUUACUCGGGGGGGUUAACAAUAAAUCCUGGCUCUUCAUAAUCAGACGUUUCUGUAUACUCUACAUUCCUAAACAUACUUAUUUACAUAUUUGCACCAUAAACAACUCUGAUUGGAUAAAUCCAGCAUGCGACAACUUUUAAUAAAUUUGGUUUGUCUCGUACUUUCACAUCAGUGAGGAAAAAAGUUGAGGUAUUUCCUCCUGCAAGCUAGAAGGUAUUAUCAUUCACAGCUUUCUGUCUUUUUUUAUGUUUUUUUGCACUUUAAAGUUUGUUGUGUAGUUGACCAGCCGUUCGUUUAUACAAAAAAAAUCUGUUAAUUUUUCAGCGUGACAUAUAUCCCCCUCGCUACAGCACAUAUUUCCGUGAUAUUCCGUGUUUUAUCUCCCGACUCUCUCUACCGAGCCGAUUUUGUUAAGCAUCGCUACGUCCUGGUUUUCUCCUGAUAUCAGGUUUUCACACGCUGUUCAGUUUCUGAUUGGGUGUCUAUUACUAAGCAACCAGCUAAAAGUAACGUUCUACCAGCGUAUGGUUUCACACUGUACACGUCUGAUACCACAGUGUGAAGCUUUAGAGCAGAGUUUCAUAACCCUGGAUCUACAUUACAUGUGUGAAACCUUCCUUGACCUGGGAUUAAGAGCAGGCUUUACAAUGUCCUUAUUUUUGUUAAGUGCAAUCUGAAAAAAGUUUUAUUUUUAUCACCAGUUUUAUUAUUUUAACAGUUUUCACACCUUUAACCAGCUUUUUGCUGUAGUAUCCUACGAUUUGAUGAUAAAUCAUCAAUCACGUUUGUUGCUAGACUUUAUAGCUUCCAUCAGCAGUAAUUCUCCACUGCUCUUUGAAGCACAUUUUUUCUGCUGCUUUUUCUGCUGGAGAACUUUUCCCCUUUUUGUUGAUAAGUUUGAUGUGUUAUAUAAUGUAUGCAUUAUGUAUGUGUUAUUAUUUUUGUUUACUUUUUGUUUACUAUUUUUGGGAGGAGGACCUUCCUCAGGCUUUCCCACGUGUGUACGUCGCUCUGGAUAAGGGCGUCUGCCAAAUGCUGUAAAUGUAAAUGAGUGUCUCUGUUCGUUUGCCGUUUACUGAGUGAAGCAUCUAAACACUUUUACUGUGUCUGUUACAUGUAUUGAUUAUUAUGAUGAUGGUGAUGAUGCUGCUGCUGUCAUCCUCAACAUUCAUGAGUUACACGAAUGUAAUUAGGUCAAACUAUAUUCUCAAGUCAGUUUUGUUUAUUGUCUAUUUUUUUACUGGCUGCUUGUAAUGUAAAGGAGUGUUGAAGGCAUUAAAUAAAGUAUUUUAUUUAUGGA